GUGAACACCGGCUGGAGUCCCGGAGUUUGACCUGCUUCCGGCCCGGCCACCAGAGCUGUCAACGUCGAUGGGCAAACUGACACCACCAUUUGAUGAUGUGUGGAGGAUCUUGCGGUUGGUGAAAGAUGACACCGCACUGAUGUGGAGAAGCUGGUGAUGCGGCUGCGUAAACCACAGUUGAAUCAUGGGAAAUGUGGAGAGUCAGAAUGGGGACAGUGGUUUCUAUGGCGAUGUGACGGGACAUAUCUCCCGUAAGCACACGUCCCGGUCACUCCGUCUCUCCAGCAAGCAGCCAAUCACCCGCCGUUCCCGCCACUCUUCUUCAGUGAAACAGGAACACAGAAACUCCGAAGCCUCAACUCGAUCCUCCAGCACCCCGAGCAUCCCACAAUCCUUAGCAGAGAACGGGCUGGAACCUUUCAACGGAACAGAUGCGUUUGGAGAGUUCGGCAUCAACCCUCACUGGACACAGCGCGUCGCCAUGACAAUGAGGCCGGAGUCCUAUCAAAACGAUGAUGACCCCUUGGCCACGCCAACUCCGGAAACUUCAGAGGCGGACACUGUGGCCCAGGAUGGGGGAGAGGACUCCAUGGGGGAGGGGGAGGGAGAUGUCCUCGGAGAGGAAAGGUACCUCCAGCGAAUGACUGAGGGUCCGCGGGAGGGAGGGAGUUUUAAAAAGAAGCGGUCCAAAUCAGCGGACAUGUGGAGAGAAGACAGCCUGGAGUUCUCUCUGUCUGACCUGAGUCAGGAGCAUCUGACCAGCACCGAGGAGAUAGUAGACGGAGGAGAAGAAGAGGAGGAGGAGGAGCAGUUCACACGGCCCAGAGGAAGUGCAGCUGAAAGGGCAUCGUCUCUGGACCAUCUGUGCAGCCAGCAGAGUCCUGGCCUCAGGGGGCAGAGGAGCCGCUUCGCUAAGAACCGGAGAGAAGCAGAGUGCAAUGGAGACGGAGAAGGGGAGGAGGGGUUGAUGUCUCCAACCGAGGAAGAUGGUGGCGGGUAUGGGGCAUUCACGCUCCCCUGCCGACGUUCCCAUUGCCUGUCGGAGGGCUUGGCAGGGCUUGGCAUCCCGGCAGCACCGUGUCCUGCUUUCCAAGGACGCCGAGCACAAACUACUCAGGACAUCUCAGGUGUUUUGGGUGAGGGAAGUGAGUACGGCGACAGCGGCAUCGAUGGCGUCGCCACGGAGAUCGACGGGGAUGGAGAGUUGGUGUCACGGCGCUGUAAGGCCAUGUCGGCUUCUUUCUCGGUAUACUCAGCCACAGAGAGCAGCGUUUUCAACGGGAGCGACAGCGGGAGCAGCAGCGCGGGAGGAGGAGAAGGAAGAGGGGGCGAGGCUGGCAGGGGAGGAGUGUAUGAGAAUUUCCGGAAGGAGCUGGACAAUCAAGCCUGGACACAUCAGGGUCGGGACUGCACGGAGGAGGCCGGCUCUGCUGUGAGCGACGAGCAGAGCAGCGGCACACUCAGCAGUGCAUAUCCAUCGGACGCUCUGAUUGGCUGCGCACAAGGCACAGUGAGGAAGGCAGGGGCUCUGGCUGUGAAGAACUUUCUGGUUCAUAAGAAGAGCAAAAAGGUGGAACCAGCAACAAGGCGGAAGUGGAAGCACUACUGGGUCUCUCUGAAAGGCUGCACUCUCUUCCUGUAUGAAUCGGAUGGUCGUUCUGGGAUCGACCACAACAGUGUUCCUAAACACGCUUUGUGGGUGGAGAACAGCAUUGUCCAGGCUGUACCUGAACACCCCAAGAAAGACUUUGUCUUCUGCCUCAGCAACUCAGUGGGAGAUGCUUUCCUCUUCCAGACGUCAGGCCAGACGGAGCUGGAGAACUGGAUCACGGCCAUCCACUCGGCAUGUGCCGCUGCUCUGGCUCGACAGCACCACAGGGAGGACACGGUGCGACUGCUGCGAACCGAGAUCCGCAAACUGGAGCAGAAGAUCGAUAUGGAUGAGAAGAUGAAGAAGAUGGGAGACAUGCAGCUGUCCACAGUGACUGAUGCCAAGAAGAGGAAGACCAUACUGGAGCAGAUCUUUCUGUGGGAGCAGAACUUGGAACGCUUUCACAUGGAUCUGUUCCGCUGUCGCUGCUACCUGGCCAGCCUGCAGGGCGGUGAGCCCCCCAACCCCAAACGCCUGCUGGGCUUCGCUUCGCGUCCCACCAAGCUGGCCAUGGGACGACUGGGCAUUUUCUCUGUCUCUUCCUUCCAUGCACUGGUGUCAGCCCGCACAGAAAGCAGCAUCAGGAAACGUAACCAGGCCGUGCCUCGCACCUUCAGCAAACGCCGCAGCCGCUUCUCCUCCCUGUGGGGGCUGGACACCGCCUCGAAGAGGAAGACCACGGGGCAUCCCUCAAUCAACCAGGUGUUUGUUGAUGGGAUGGAGCCGACGAGAAAGCCAUUGGAGCGCAUGUUUGAAGACUCCGCCAGUGAAAAAUCUAAGGAGAGAGAAGGCUCGGUGAAAAGUCUUCCUCAGCAAAAUGUCGACAGCGACAUUUGGAUUCCUGAUUACCUGACUCCCUCCUGGGUUUGUCUGCCGAACAAUCAGCCUGUCCUGGCCAUCAUACAGCCUGGGGAGACGGCGCUGGAAGUCCUGAGCGCCAUCUGCAAGACCCAUAAGAUAGACCCCUCUGGGCACUACCUGUGCUUGAAGGUGUGGAUUGACGGCCAAAUGCUCAUUUAUGUUCCCAAACUUGAAGAGGACAUCUCUGAUCUGGUCUAUAAAGAGAUUGAGAUUUGCUCCAAAGCUACCAAGGUGAUCCGAUUUGACAAAGCCGAGUCCUGCACCAUCGGAUACGGUUUUUCUGUGGCGGUCAUAGAUGAGGGUGGUAUGCAGCAGCUCCAUAUUACUGAGGUGAAGGCAGAGGGACUGGCCUCAGCUAAAGGUUUAAAAGCGGGGGAUGAGAUCUUGUUGCUGAACGGCAAACCCGCGUCCGCCCUCCAAAUGGACGACAUGAGGGCUGCGUUCGUAAACCAAGCGCUGACCUUGAGCGUCAGCACCCUGCCCCAGCUGGACCCUCUGGUGCUGUGCGCCCUUCCACCCCGGCGCUCCGAAGGGGAGCAGGACGCGUCCACGGACAUCUUCUCCCAGAGCCAAGAGGACAUCCUGGAUGAGGUGUCGGGGUUGACGGUGACUAGCCCAGAUGAGAGUUUGGAGGAGGGACCUCGGCUGAUCCUACAGAGCCCCAGAGGUCAUCAGGAAGACAAAACCUGCACAGGGACCGGACAGAAGAGCACAGAGCAGGUCACCGCUUUCUGCCGCAGUCUCCAUGACAUGAAUCCCCUGGAGUGCCCUAUGUCAUCCUCCUCAUCGUCGUCUUCGUCGUCCCUCUCCCCAAGCCCCGUGUCAGCUUUGCCGCCCACAGCGGGCGCCGCAACCCAGAGACAGCUCUCCCACGCAGACAAACUCCGCAAGGUCAUCAAUGAGUUGGUGGAGACGGAGAAGACUUACGUCAAAGACCUGAGCUGCCUGAUAGAGUGCUACUUAACGCCUUUGCAGAAAGAGAGCUUCCUGACGCAGGAUGAGCUGGACGUUUUGUUCGGUAACCUUGGGGAGAUGGUGGAGUUCCAGGUGGAGUUUCUCCGGACGCUGGAAGAUGGAAUCAGACUGGUACCGGAUUUGGACAGACUGGAAAGGGUGGAGCAGUUUAAGAAAGUGCUGUUCUCUCUGGGCGGUUCAUUCCUCUAUUAUGCCGAUCGCUUCAAGAUCUACAGCGCCUUCUGCGCCAGCCACACCAAGGUCCCAAAGGUCCUGGCUAAAGCAAAGACAGAACCGGAUUUCAAAGCUUUCCUGGCUGAGAGAAACCCCAGGCAGCAACAUUCAUCCACUCUGGAGUCCUACCUGAUCAAACCUAUCCAGAGGGUCCUGAAGUACCCGCUGCUGCUAAAGGAGCUCUACUCCCUCACUGACCCCGACAGUGAGGAACACUACCACCUGGACGUUGCAAUGAAGGCCAUGAACAAAGUUGCGAGUCACAUCAACGAGAUGCAAAAGCUUCAUGAGGAGUACGGAGCUGUUUUCGACCAGCUCAUCAACGAACAGACCGCAGACAGAAAAGAGGUGGCUGACCUCUCCAUGGGGGAUCUUUUGCUGCAUUCUACUGUGGUGUGGAUCAACCCUCCAGCCUCUUUGGUCAAGAGCAAAAAGGACCCUGAUUUGGCUGCUUUUGUGUUCAAAACAGCAGUUGUGUUUGUGUACAAAGACUGCUCCAAGCACAGGAAAAAAAUCGGUGCAUCUCACCGUGCGUCUGUGAGCGAUGACAGAGAUCCUUUCCGUUUCCGUCACAUGAUCUCAACAGACUGUCUGCAAGUCCGCGCCCUUGCAAACUCCGAGGGCACAGCAGUGUGUGAGAUAGUUCACACGAGAUCAGAAUCUGAAGGGAGACCAGAGAGAACCUUCCAGUUGUGCUGCAGUUCUCCUGAUAGUAAGAAGGACUUCUUGAAAGCAGUCCACUCCAUCCUUCGGGAGAAGCAGCGCCGACAACUUCUUAAGACGGAUUCUCUGCCAUCCAACCAGCAGUACGUGCCAUUUGGGGGCAAACGCCUGUGUGCCCUCAAAGGGGCGCGACCCAUCAUGAACAGAGCAGCAUCGGCUCCAUCACGAACAUUAACCCGCAGGAAGCUAGUGAGGAACCGCUUCACCAUCGAUACCGACCUGGUUUUCCACGGGAACAACAACAACAGCAACGAUUCCGAGCCCUCCCAACACUCGUCCUGCCCGCCGCUGUCCCAGCAUGCCCUUCUUCAGUCCCACAAACCUCAAGGGGAGGACACGGAUCGCUGGGUGGAAGAGCAGUUCGACCUGGCUUGCUACGAAGACCAGGGCGAUGGCAUCGAUGUGGGCCAGGUGAAGGAGACGGACAUUUUGAGUGACGAUGAUGAGUACUGCAAGUCCGUCCGUGCUGCGUCGGUAGAACCGGCUGACCUGGACGGGAAGAUGGAAGGACUCGGCUUAGAGGGUGGACAGAUGAGGAGCCAUAACCCGAAUGGACCUGUAGAGAUCACAAAUAGCGUGACGCAGGACGAGGAAGUGAAUCGAAUGGUGCAUGGCGAUGAUUCACACUCAGUAGACUCCUUCACCUCCUGUGGUGUCUCUCUAUCCCGCUGUGCGAACCCAGCUAUAAAACUCGCCCCCUUGAAGCAGUGUGCUGUAGAGGGGGCCACAAACAAUGACCAUGAUGUCAUCUGGGUACGGCGGGACGACUUUGCCAACGGGUGCAACAGCAACGUCUUCUGAUUUACAGUAAUAGAAGAGGAGAUGAAGCAAGUGCAAGAAAACGGGGGAGAGAUUGGAUACAAGCUUUAAAUAUGUAGACUUUGGAGGGGAACAUGUGUAUAGAAGGUAUUAUGCCUCAGCCAGUCAUCCCUGUGUCACAACACAACCCUUCUUCUUCCCACCUCACCUGCAUCUCCCGUGUCCUGACAAUCCUAAAAUAGUAAAACACAGAACAAGUAAGGAAAAUGUCAAGUCAAAUGCACAUCUGUUGAGACCUAAAGAUUCUCAUCCUGAACUGCUUAAGAGUGGAACAGAAAGAAUACAGGGUCCAUACACCCACGCUUCUUGCACACACACACACACACACAUGUGUGGAAUAGUAUUUGAACACAUGAACAAGACAGCACUGCAUGUACACGCAAGUAAACAAGCAAGUGCGUGUGCAUGUGUUCCGUAAGACACGCAUAUCGUACACGGGGUGCACAGACACUAGAGACAGGCAGCUACUUGUAAAAUGCACAUGUUGUAUUAAAGCGACGUCAUCACUGAACUGUGACCUUGUGGCCAAAAAUGUCUAUUUUUCAACACAGGAAUGUGUGUGUUCUAUUUUUUUGACUCAGAAACUGUGUUUGUAUUUGAACACUCUCAAAGGGCUGCGUGUCACUGACCUUCUCUUCAGGGGCUUUUCGGCUUAACGACUGCUGUGUAAAAAGAUGGUGAGAUGCAACUUAGCUUUAUUGUGCCCUUUUAAUGUUUUAACUUAAUAUCAGCCGCACAUGGGCGUAUAGUCAGGAGUACAAUAGUGUGCUGUUAGCCUCUUGUAUGGAACUGUUUUCAAGCUCACUUUUGUCUCCUAGCAUAUCCUUUUUAAAAAAAGAUAGUUUGGACACCAGAUAGUCGACCUAUUCCUUAUUUAAUUAUUGCCUUUUUUACAGUCAUCUUUUAAUGUUUACACCACCUUUUGUGUGUUUGGUGCCAGAAAUGAGCUCGAGAGAGAGAGCCGACGCUCGUGCCCUUCACAUGAAUGUCCAGUCUGUGCUUUUCCCACUUAAAUGAAAUAGUGUUGUUAUUACCGUAGAUGAUGGAUUUCAUCAAGAUCAUUAAUAUACUGGACCCAUUUCUUGCCCCCACAGGCUACGCUCUCUUCAUGCUCCGCGUCCUUGAUAAAUAACAUAAUAAUUCCUACACCAGUCCUGUUUUACUUGAAUUUUCUUU